UUUUUGUUAUUUUUUCUUUAGUUCUAUAUGAUGCACACUUCCUCUGUCACUCUGAAACUUUUUUGUUGGUAAAUUUCCCUCAAAGAGUCAAUUGGGUUCAUUUCUUUAACUUCCUUAUCAGCUAGAGUUUUCCGGGUCCCCACUACCCAGGCUACCCUCCGGAAGCCUCCGUAAAACCUCGGGAGUCGGGAUCCUCCGCUCAAGAAAAUGACUGCCAAGCACUGCGCCCACCACGACGAGGAGCGGGCGAAGCUCCACCGCCACAUAUUGUACGGCAUCGUCGCCUUCGUCGUCCUCGUCCUCUUCGUCGUCUUUCUCGUCUGGGUCAUCCUCCGCCCCACCAAGCCCCAGUUCGUCCUCCGCGACGCCACCGUCUACUCCUUCAACGUCUCCGCCUCCCCUCCCUUCACCGUCUCCACCUCCAUGCAGAUAACCAUCUCCGCCAAAAACCGCAUGGACCGCGUCGGAAUCUACUACCAGAACCUCGACGUCUACGCCUCCUACCGCAGCCUACAGGUCACGCUCCCGACCAUGCUUCCGGCCACCUACCAGGGCCACAACGACUACACGGUGUGGUCGCCGUUCAUGUACGGGAACUCCGUGCCGGUGUGGCCGGGAUUAAUGGAGGCUCUGCAGCAGGACCAGAACGUCGGCGCCGUGUUGCUGAACAUCAAGAUCGACGGGCGCGUCAAAUGGAAGGUAGGCACGUGGUUUUCCGGCAAGUACCACUUGAACGCGAAUUGUCCGGCGUACAUUAAAUUCGGCGGCGCCAAUACCGGGAGUCCCUUUGGACCGGUAAUGAAGUUCACGUUGGCGCAAGUUUGCAGUGUGGACGUUUAAUCCACACUAAUCAUCAUUUCCUGUUAAUUAGUACGUUCCUUGCUAUCUAAUCCGCAUUAGCCUUUUGUUU